AUGGCAUGCCCAGUCAUUUGCACUAACCAACUCGAGUCGAUCAUCGUUUUUUGGCUCAUGCUAUGCUUCAACGUCGAUUCAGUUAGUUGCUAUCCAGCAGCCACAGCAACGCAACCGUCAUCAUCAGGAAGCAACAACAGCAGCAACACCGUUGAUGAUAAUUCUGAC